AUGGCUCCGGUGUGCUUGUGCAGAGGGAGGGCAUCAGAAGUAAAAGGAAGAGCCUGUUGGUUUGACUGUGGAGGGAGGGUGCCACUAAUAACGGAACAGCUCUGGUCUCCUAUUGUAGAGUGAUGGAGACACAGAACAGCCUGUUGACAUUUCGGGCCAUGUGACCAGAAGCACAGAAGUCAUGCAGCUGAAAACCGUCUUACCGGUAGUUUAUUUAUUUAUCUCUCUCUAUCAAUCUGUCUAUACCUUUUACCAGUAUGAAUUCCCAAAUAUCCAAGCUUAGAUGUCAAAGUCUAAAGGUAAAUCCAUUUGAAUUCAAUCACUUUUUGACAACACCCCUUUUUGAUUGAAUGAUACCUUCCAUACAUAUUUGCCCAUUGUAGAAGUGCUCAGAAAGUGACUUUUUGGACCUGAAUGGCAAAACAUUAAAGAGAUAUAAAGGUGCACAAAGUUGACCUAUUUUGCAUACCCCACCAGACCAUGGGACAUCAUGUCUUCAUCACUGGAAAAUAUAUAAUUUUAAAAGCUUACAAACUGGAUGGGCAUGGUUAUUCGAAUAUCCGUGAAGCAAGUGAAGUGGAACAUUUCUAGUCAAUGCAAAAUGUAAUGAAAGUUGGCUAAAUGAGAGAGAGUUUGCUACAAUGAUCAACCAACCGGUACUAGGCUGCUGUUUCAUUUGAAUGGAGUUGUUGUAGACAAGUACAGGGAGCGCAGAAAAAUAGACACCAUUUGCCUUCCUACUUUAUCUAGCAAGCUUCUUUACAGCGAUUUGAUGCAGUCAAGACAGGCACAACCAGAUGGUAUGAUAAAUAACCUAUAGCAGCAACAAGUUUGUCUCUCUCUCGCUCUCCCUUCCACACACAGACUCACACACACCGGCCCCUGCUCCUCUAUCGCCCCUCCCCACUGUUCUGCUGAAACAAGCAGAGUGCAGCGCACCGGCUCUCUCGAGUCUCCUGAGUAAAGGCUUCCGCGUGCUUCAUUUCGGCUGGCGGCUAGCAGAAGUCAGCUAGGCGAACCGAAUGACUGUGCUCGCAUACUCCCUUGAAGUAUAUUUUGCUUGAAAAAACACGGCAAUAGUACUGUUCGGCCAUUUUGAGACGCCGUAGCCAGCAUACACUUCCUCAAAAUAGUCUGAAAUAAUCUAAGAUAACUCAAGAAAUCUGUCAUUUUUACGUUUUUGCCGAGGAGAUCUUAGUCGCGCAAUUUUACAUCUAAGAUGUUUGGGGCAGUAUUUUCAAUGAAAAAAUUGCAUGAAAAGGAGUCGUCUCGUUGUAUGACAACAUACUUUAUUGAAGAAUCCCUACUGUUGACCAAUCACCGACGAAGGGGGGUAGACUUCGGCUACCGGCUUCCGCUUGCCUCAAGAAAAAAAUGUGUGCCCUAACAGCCAGAAGAAGAAGAGUCCAAAACUAACAUAAACGUCACAAAAGUUGGCAUAAUAUAUGCACGGACUCUUCCGAACUGUUUCGGCUGAGAGUCUCCAUUGAAGUUUCAAAAACCAUAAUGUAUUUCGACUAUCCGGAUACCUGAAAAAAUAUAAUGAUAUUUAAUAUGCCAUUUAGCAGACGCUUUUAUCCAAAGCGACUUACAGUCAUGUGUGCAUACAAUUUUAGGAAUGGGUGGUCCCGGGGAUCGAACCCACUACCCUGGCGUUACAAGCGCCAUGCUCUACCAAUUGAGCUACAGAGGACCAGAUAUUAUUUGAAUAGUGAAAUCAUUUCAAAUGCCCAUCCCUAUUACAAACAGGGUUGUCAAAUUGUCAUAAUUUCGUAGGACAUAUUUUAUUUUAAAAUAUAUUUUUUUUACCUUAAACGUCAGUUAUCAAAAAACACAUGAAUUCAUUUUUUUGUGUAUAUACACUAUAUAUACAAAGUAUGUGGACACCUCUUCAAAUUAGUGGAUUCUUCUAUUUCAGCCACACCCAUUGCUGACAGGUGAAUAAAAUCAAGCACACAGCCAUGCAAUCUCUAUAGAUAAACAUUGGCAGUAGAAUGGCCAGUACUGAAGAGCUCAGUCACUUUCAACGUGGCACCGUCAUAGGAUGCCACAUUUCCAACAAGUCAGUUCGUCAAAUUUCUGCCCUGCUAGAGCUGCCCUGGUCAGCCAUAAGUGCUGUUAUUAUGAAGUGGAAAUGUCUAGGAGCAACAACGGCUCAGCCGCGAAGUGAUGGGCCACACAAGCUCACAGAAUGCGACCACCGAGUGCUGUAGCGCGUAAAAAUCAUCUGUCCUCGGUUACAACACUCACUACCGAGUUCCAAACUGCCUCGGGAAACAACGUCAGCACAAGAACUGUUCGUCGGGAGCUUCAUGAAAUGGGUUUCCAUGGCCGAGCAGCCGCACACAAGCCUAAGAUCACCAUGCGAAAUGCCAUGGCUGGAGUGGUGUAAAGCUCGCCACCAUUGGACUCUGGAGCAGUGGAAAUGCGUUCUCUGGAGUGAUGAAUCACGCUUCACCAUCUGGCAGUCCAACGGACAAUUCUGAGUUUGGCGGAUGCCAGGAGAACGCUACCUGCCCCAAUGCAUAGUGCCAACUGUAAAGUUUGGUGGAGGAGGAAUAAUGGUCUGGGGCAGUUUUUUCAUGGUUUGGGCUAGGCUCAUUUGUUUGUGACGGGAAAUCUUAACACUACAGCAUACAAUGACAUUCUAGAUGAUUCUGUGCUUCCAACUUUGUGGCAACAGUUUGGGGAAGGCCCUUUCCUGUUUCAGCAUGACAAUGCCCCAUGCACAAAGCAAGGUCCAUACAGAAAUGGUUUGUUGGAGGCCAGGUCAUCCGUUCACACAUGCGGAGAUCAUACGUUUACCUACCCUGCGUCUCACAAGACACGGCGGUUGGAACCAAAAAUCUCAAAUUUGGACAGAUUUCCACCGGUCUAAUGUCCAUUGCUCGUGUUUCUUGGCCCAAGCAAGUCUCUUCUUCUUAUUGGUGUCCUUUUAGUUGUGGUUUCUUUGCAGCAAUUCGACCAUGAAGGCCUGAUUUCACGCAGUCUCCUCUGAACACUUGAUGUUGAGAUGUGUCUGUUACUUGAUCUCUGUGAAGCAUUUAUUUGGGCUGCAAUUUCUGAGGCUGGUAACUCUAAUAAACGUAUCCUCUGCAGCAGAGGUAACUGGGUCUUCCUUUCCUGUGGCGGUCCUCAUGAGAGACAGUUUCAUCAUAGCACUUGAUAGUUUUUGCGACUGCACUUGAAGAAACUUUAAAAGUUCUUGACAUUUUCCGGAUUGACUGACCUUCAUGUCUUAAAGUAAUGAUGAACUGUCGUUUCUCUUUGCUUAUUUGAGCUGUUCUUGCCAUAAUAUGUACUUGGUCUUUUACCAAAUAGGGAUAUUUCUGUAUACCAUCCCUACCUUGUCACAACACAACUGAUUGGCUCAAAAGCAUUAAGAACGAAAUCAAUUCCACAAAUUAACUUUUAAGAUGGCACACCUGUUAAUUGAAAUGCAUUCCAGGUGACUACCUCAUGAAGCUGGUUGAGAGAAUGCCAAGAGUGUGCAAAGCUGUCAUCCAGGCAAAGGGUGGCUACUUUGAAGAAUCUAAAAUAUUAAAUAUAUUUUGAUUUGUUUAACAAUUUUUUUGUUACUACAAGAUUCCAUAUGUGUUAUUUAAUAGUUUUGAUGUCUUCACUAUUAUUCUACAAUGUAGAAAAUAGUAAAAAUAAAGAAAAACCCUUGUAUGAGUAGGUGUUUCCAAACUUUUGGCUGGUACUGUGUGUAUAUAUACACUGCUCAAAAAGAUAAAGCGAACACUUAAACAACACAAUGUAACUCCAAGUCAAUCACACUUCUGUGAAAUCAAACUGUCCACUUAGGAAGCAACACUGAUUGACAAUAAAUGUCACAUGCUGUUGUGCAAAUGGAAUAGACAACAGAUGGAAAUUAUAGGCAAUUAGCAAGACACCCCCAAUAAAGAAGUGGUUCUGCAGGUGGUGACCACAGACCACUUCUCAGUUCCUAUGCUUCCUGGCUGAUGUUUUGGUCACUUUUGAAUGCUGGCGGUGCUUUCACUCUAGUGGUAGCAUGAGACGGAGUCUAUAACCCACACAAGUGGCUCAGGUAGUGCAGCUCAUCCAGGAUGGCACAUCAAUGUGAGCUGUGGCAAGAAGGUUUGCUGUGUCUGUCAGCGUAGUGUCCAGAGCAUGGAGGCGCUACCAGGAGACAGGCCAGUACAUCAGGAGAUGUGGAGGAGGCCGUAGGAGGGCAACAACCCAGCAGCAGGACCGCUACCUCCGCCUUUGUGCAAGGAGGAGCAGGAGGAGCACUGCAAAAUGACCUCCAGCAGGCCACAAAUGUGCAUGUGUCUGCUCAAACGGUCAGAAACAGACUCCAUGAGGGUGGUAUGAGGGCCCGACAGUCCACAGGUGGGGGUUGUGCUUACAGCCCAACACCGUGCAGGACGUUUGGCAUUUGCCAGAGAACACCAAGAUUGGCAAAUUCGCCACUGGCGCCCUGUGCACUUCACAGAUGAAAGCAGGUUCACACUGAGCACAUGUGACAGACGUGACAGAGUCUGGAGACGCCUUGGAGAACGUUCUGCUGCCUGCAACAUCCUCCAGCAUGACCGGUUUGGCGGUGGGUCAGUCAUGGUGUGGGGUGGCAUUUCUUUGGGGGGCCGCACAGCCCUCCAUGUGCUCACCAGAGGUAGCCUGACUGCCAUUAGGUACCGGGAUGAGAUCCUCAGACCCCUUGUGAGACCAUAUGCUGGUGUGGUUGGCCCUGGGUUCCUCCUAAUGCAAGACAAUGCUAGACCUCAUGUGGCUGGAGUGUGCCAGCAGUUCCUGCAAGAGGAAGGCAUUGAUGCUAUGGACUGGCCCGCCCGUUCCCCAGACCUGAAUCCAAUUGAGCACAUCUGGGACAUCAUGUCUCGCUCCAUCCACCAACGCCACGUUGCACCACAGACUGUCCAGGAGUUGGCGGAUGCUUUAGUCCAGGUCUGGGAGGAGAUCCCUCAGGAGACCAUCCGCCACCUCAUCAGGAGCAUGCCCAGGCGUUGUAGGGAGGUCAUACAGGCACGUGGAGGCCACACACACUACUGAGCCUCAUUUGACUUGUUUUAAGGACAUUACAUCAAAGUUGGAUCAGCCUGUAGUGUGGUUUUCCACUUUAAUUUUGAGGGUGACUCCAAAUCCAGAACUCCAUGGGUUGAUAAAUUUGAUUUCCAUUGAUAAUUUUUGUAUGAUUUUGUUGUCAGCACAUUCAACUAUGUAAAGAAAAAAGUAUUUAAUAAGAUUAUUUCAUUCAUUCAGAUCUAGGAUGUGUUGUUUAAGUGUUCCCUUAAUUUUUUAGAGAUGUGUGUAUGUAUGUAUAUGUAUAUGUGUUGUAGCUUAGACCCUGCUUUAGAGACACAACAUGCUCUUGAAUACAGGGUGGGAGUAAUUUUUUUGGCUAAUAAAUGUACAUCAAACAAUGUUGACUUGAAUGGGAAUAUCUUUUUUUAAAUUAUGCCUUCAAUCUUCCAUAGGAAACCUAUUGAAAUCAUAGAAAUAUAGAUAAUAGAAUAGCCAUGAGCAUUUCAACGGUGGGUGGACCGGCAGCCAUCUUUGUAGUAGUAAUUAGAAGUUACAAUUUCUAUUACAUUUCAAUGGUGUAGCUGUACCAGAUAAAUUGUAGUAGUCUGAAGUGAUACGUCCAUUCUAUUAAUUUUCUUUGUAUGAUUGAAAUGACACCCACCUUGUAUUCAAGAGUAUGUUGUGUCUCAACCAAUGGCGGGCACAACACAAAAACCUCAGAUAAUGUAAAUUAGGGUUUAAGCUACAACAUAUGCGAAAAUAUGAAAUAAAUCAGAGUUUACAUGUUUUUAGAUAAUUGACGUUAAAGGUUAAAACAUAUUUUAAAAAAUUACACCCAAACAUUUCCCCACCACCAUCAGUUGCCCAUCCCUGUGCUAUAUGGACAGCUCUGUUGGGUGUUGAAUACUUCACUCUAAUUAUUUUAAUCACUGGGCAAACUAGUCUGCUGAGCGCAAAGUUGAAUGUUGUGAAAAUUCUGUGCAACUUCCGGCGCACGUUUACUGUUAACACUGAGGCUGUACCCGCUUUAAGUUAGUUUUAACAGUGGUCAAGUAGGCUACUGUGGCUAUUUGAUCAUAGCGUAGGCCUACCAGAGUGGCCUACCAUCAAAAACAAUGGAGAAAAUGCAUCCCAUAACAUUUUAACAUGGAAAUAGCUGUUCUAUCGUUCAGCCUACAGUAGCAGCAAAUGUGUUGUGUUCAAUGUAGGCCUACAUUCCAUGAGACUUUUGAAAAAAACAUGCAGGGCUUGACAUUUAACCUGUUUAUCCACUUGUGCUUCAGACAAGGAGGUGACUAAAAAUGUUGUUGUGUUGUUAGAUGCAAGAAACCACUUUACAAAAUAAAAUGCAUCAUUAUUCCAAUACCAUUAUGGCUAUUGGCUACAUAGCUUAUUCAAGCCUGUCUCAAAAUACAACACUGCCCCAAAAUACAACACUGCCUCUUACAGGAAAAAAAGCUCUUUACCUGACUCGCUUUUCAAAGAUGUCUAGAAAUGCACACGUUUUGUGCUCUUGUAGGAAACAAUCACUCCCCUAUUGCUGACUACAAAUUAUCUAUAACUGGGCUAAUAACUCAGUAACUAGCAAAGGAUAUGAACAAAUGUGCACGUCACUACAUGCAGCUCUAGCUUUGAUCUCAAAACAAGCGCAUCUACUGACGACCGCUCAUGCUGUAAACACAGUCCAGUUCAAAGUAAAUGGCACAGAUCCAUAACUUUAUGGUAAUGAUCAAUUUGCAUAUAGGCCUACUGCAGCUCUGAUUGGUUAUGGUGCACCGGUCUGUGUAGAGUACGGACCUGAGUCGUACAUGUCAAUGCAAUAGAAUCCUACUCCGAUGCGUUCAGCCUACAACAAAAUCUCUUACAUAGUUAGUUUUGCAUAUUAAGUCUUGCAUAGUUCGUUUUGUUUCGGUAUGUUGCAUUGAAAGUGGCUAGUAUUGUGUUGAUUCGAUCACAAUUCCCACAGUAAAGGGAAACAUUGAUAGUGUUAUCAGGGAGAACUUUAGAAAGUUGAGUGAAGUUCAAUCUCGUGCUUCUCUGCAUGCGCUGAUAUUUAUUCUGUGCCCAGCUUUGAGGAAACAUUGGUCGUCAGUACAGUGAUCAUUGUGACUUCCCAAUGAGCAAUUGUUUGGAAACACUGUGAUAGCCUGUAUGUUGGCCUUGUAUAUGUCUAUACAAGUGUGUAGCAUAUAUGAAUGAGUGGCGACAUUAUUGUGGUCCUCUGUAGCUCAGCUGGUAGAGCACGGCGCUUGUAACGCCAAGGUAGUGGGUUCGAUCCCCGGGACCACCCAUACACAAAAAUGUAUGCACGCAUGACUGUAAGUCGCUUUGGAUAAAAGCGUCUGCUAAAUGGCAUAUUAUUAUUAUUAUUAUUUCUCUCAUGGUCUCUAGCCCACAGGAUACAUGGAGGCUGCCCUGUCCUACAGCACCAUAGAGGACCUGCAGCUGCUCUCCUGGGAUAACGCCCCCAAAUAUUGUGUGCAGCUCAGCUUCCCCGGGGGCACCGUCCUCCUGCAGGUAUGUCCUGUCCCCCUCCCUCCCUCUUCGUGUAACAUUGUGUGCGUGUGCGUGUGCGUGCGUGCUUUCGGUCUGUUACCUGACUGUAUGUGUGCCCUAACAGGCGGCCAACAGCUAUCUGCGGGACCAGUGGUUUCAUUCUCUACAGUGGAAGGUAGGAUUACUAUGUUGAAGUAUUCAUUGGUUUGUGUUCACGGGGGUUCAACAAGACUCACAGCACUUUGCAUGGGCAGGGCACGUGCCCCAAGGCCUCCGACCUCCCAAGGCUUCCGACCUUUUCUUUUUGUGUAGGGGCCCCACUGGAGGUCGGGGGCUCCCCAGAUAGCAUAUGAUAGGAAAAUGUGUAGAAUUAAAGGAAAUUUGAUUUAAAAUUGCAAAAUGUUCUCUCAGCUUCAUGGUAAAAUGUGUAGAAUAGCAGGAAAUUAUUCUUAAAAUGGCAACAAUUUCUCUUGGCCUCAUGACAAUGUGUAGAAUAGCAUUAUAAAACUGCACAAAUGUUUUGAAAUGCAGUAAGUUACUUUUUAUUUAUGUAUUAUUAAAUCAACUAUAAAAAAAAAAUUCUUCUUUGGGGUGGGGGGCCCCCAGGGCACCCUCGGAGGUCGGUGCCCCUGGGCCUCAAAUGCGGUCCUCCUGUCCUGCAUGCAUUUCCCUUUUUGCAUUGGUUUGAUAAGCCUAUCAAGAAACAUAUUGUGUUCCAAAGGCUUGAAUCCUAUUGUAGUUCAUCUGUAUGUGGGCAUGCUUGUGCCUCUAUUUUCCAACCAGAAAAAGAUCUAUAAGUACCGUAAGGUUCUGAACAACCCUAGUCGCUGGGAGGUGGUUCUGAAGGAGAUCAGAUCGCUGGUGGACAUGGCCCUGACCUCUCCCCUGCAGGACGAGUCCAUUCACCAGGCCCCGCUGCAAAUCAUCUCCACCCUGCUGGCCGAGGUAGGCCCAUCUGCAGGCCUCGCACACACACACACACCUGCUGCUGGGAGCUCAGUUCAAAACACACAGAUGCCUGCUGGUUGGCAGAGUCAGAACUGUUAGUCAGUUUGGGAGUGGCUCUGUUCAAUUUGUUUGUCUGCUCUCGCUCUCUGAUCAUACCUGUUUCACUUCUGUUGUCCCCUCUGCCUCCCCAGAACACCAACCUCAGCUCUCAGGACCAUGAGAACAUCAUUGUGGUGAGUUGGAAGCACUAGGCUCUAGAAUGCCAGCUUACUGUAACUGUAAAUAGCCAUGUUUUCUUGUUCAUAUUAUUACGUCAGUGACUGGACAGAAACAGUUUAGGAAUUUAGCAAUGGCGAAGUUUAGUGAAAGGGUCCUGUUUGACAGGUGAAACCUGGUCAAACUGCUGAGGCCGCAAAUGAUUUAGCCUAUUAUUGCAGCCCAGAGGGCGUGUCGAGCAGGUUAGCAAUAGGCCCCUGGAUAGCAGCUCUGAUGAUGGACAGCUACACCGUAGCAGUGGUACCCACUGAUGUUUGUGUGGAUGCUGUCAGAUAAUGCCCAGUUACUAUUGUUACAGUGUAAUGGUGUAUUCAUCUGGAUGUGUUUGUGUCCAUACCCCCAUGGGCCCUGGCCACUAGAGUCAUGGGAUGAUUGCAUUAUUAAACUGUUGCAGCACUCGAGGUACAGUUAAAUCUACACAUGUUUCAUACGAACAGCUGCUCACCUUAUUUACCUGUCUUGGGGCGUAUUGAGACCUAAGAUAAUACAGCCCUAGAGGAUAAUAGGGACAGCUGUGUACUUGUAGGUUGACUUCUGCAGUAACUCUUGGGAAUUACAGGCUAGGAUAGUACAGUUUAUUGGCCCAUGGCUGGUUGCUGGCAAGGGGCCAUUGUAAAUAGAAGAUAGCAUGGCUGGGGAAAUUGUGAAGUUCGAUUGAUCAGUCCUGUCUCUGGUAUCGCUGUGUGUCCCUAGGCCAUCGCUCCUCUCCUGGAAAAGAACCACCCUCCACCAGACCUGUGUGAGUUCUUCUGCAAGGUAAAGAUGGGGUCUGAACACUUCACCUUCAACCUGUUGUCAAAAUCAUAGUGUUAGUGUAACAGAGUUGGAUUGGUAAUCUCACUCCUCAGCUUGAAAUGCCUCCACCCGCCCCAUAGAAUUGCUAGCAUUUCGGUGGCGUAGCUGGCUAAAGGGCCCUACAUCCUAUGCAAACAGAGCGAUAGAGCGUAGUUUGCGUAAAGUGUGUAGCGGCCUUUAGGCGUUGUCAAGAGGGCGGUCUUGUGUGUUUUUGUGAGACAGAGGAUCUGAGAUCAAGGCCCGGUAGGACUUGAGGAAGGAAGCUAUACUUUUAAGCAAGCACAGUGACGUCCCUCACACUAGGGCAAUUGUUGGAGCAGAAGAUGUAAACGCUUUACAACCAUGGGUAUCAUUAACAGCCCAGUUAUAGUUAAUCCGGGCCUAGUUAAUAUAAUUAUUUUUAUUUAUUUUAAUCACGACGGCUGAGAUGGAAACAGGGCGUUUCGGUACAAUUGUAUAAAUGCCAACAUAUCAUUUGUUAGUUCGACAUGGUGGGAUCUUUUUGUGUCGGUAAAAUUAAUUAUGUGGGAAAUGGCGGUGGAAACGCCUUUAUGUGCAAAUAUUGAUAUAAUAACAUCAUAUCGAAAUAAAAUUGGAGUCACGCGAUGACAGGGUGUGUGGUCCUCCCACUACGACUUGGGAAACCAUGCAGUUUAUUAGGCUAUAGAUGAAUGAACUCCCACCACUGGUGGGAAAAUGUGCAUAUUUUGUUUAUGCAGAUUUUAGAAUAUUCACAUGAAAAUCUGUCACAAAUUGGAUGGAAACCUAGCUACUGUUAAAUGGUGUUUUUGUGUUUGUGCAGCACUGUCGGGAACGUCCGCGGUCGAUGGUUGUGAUUGAAGUGUUCACCCCUGUGGUCCAGAGAAUCCUCAAACACAACAUGGUGAGCUGAGUUUUCCAUCUUAUUUCCUGUUAAGGGUCACGCUCAGUUUGUUUAUGUCUGUUUUCUUCUGUGGUCAUAUAUCGGAGUGUGAGUCAAAGCUCACUGUGCUGCCUCUUGUCCUCUCUCUCCCUGUACUUAUUUCUCUGCCUCCUCUCCCUGUCUCUGUGUGUGUCAGGACUUUGGGAAAUGCCCCAGACUGCGUCUCUUCACUCAGGAGUACAUCUUGGCUCUGAAUGAGCUCAACGCUGGGAUGGAGGUCGUCAAGAAAUUCAUUCACAGGUGAGUCAGUGACAACGUGUUUUUAGGACUGGGAUUUUCUCCACAGACCCAGGAAAAACUUGGGACCUAGUUAUUUCGAUAGUACCCCCUUAUUUAUUAUUUGUUUUCUCCCCGUUCCAUGGAGGGUAUUGAGUGCUAAUUGUGUGUGUGUGGCUGUGUUUCAGCAUGCAUGGCCCCACCGGGCAGUGCCCUCACCCCCGCGUCCUGCCCAACCUGGUGGCAGUGUGCCUAGCUGCCAUCUACUCCUGCUACGAGGAGUUAAUCAACAGGUAAGUGAUGUACUGUUACUGUACUGUAGACCCACCACACAGACUAGACUCACUGGCCAAAUAAACCUCCCUGGUUAGCGUAGGCUACUCGCCUCUCCUUUUAAACAUUUUAAAUGAGAUGUUGACUUGAGUAAUGAGUCAUCUAAUUGGUUAUCAUAACAUCAUCAUCCUGAGCCACUGGGUCCUCAGCCCCUGUGAGAGGACAUUUGCAAAAUUUCCGUGACAUUGUCACCCCGGAGAAUCAUCGCUCGGAUACAUUACUCUCCUCACUCUGCCUCUAAGUACACAUGGGAUAAUGCCGUUGUAACAGAAACCUACAACCCCAACAGAAUGACAUGUAUUCUUACUAUGAACUUCUGAGUGUUGUAGUCUUGAAAUGAUUAUUUAAUGUGUGAUACAGUGACUCGCUCCAUUCCUCUCUUACACAAUAUUGCCCUCUCUCCAUCAAUAUGUCUCUGUCCUCUCGCCCGCUCUCUCCUCCUCUCUCGCCCUCUCUCUCUUUCUGUCCAGCCGGGACAACUCCCCAAGUCUGAAGGAGAUUAGGAACGGCUGCCAGCAACAGAAUGAGCGUAAACCCCCCCUGCCCCUCCGCCUGCUCCGCCCAGAGCCCCCCACACCUCCGUCAACGGCCCUGCUGCCCCUCUCCCCUCCCCCCUCAGCUCCCCUCUCCCCUCCCCCCACGCUGCCCCUCUCUCCCCCGCCCUCCAUCGUCAACUCCAGUGAGAUCCUGGUGGAGUUGGAACGCAACAACAACACUGCCAACGCCAGGAGGAAGGGCCCAGCGGGAAGCGACAGUGAGCCCAACCUGAUCGACUGUCUGUUGGUCAGCCCCGCCCUCAACGCCCUGUCAAUCCAGCUGCCUGCCCAGGCUGACCGCGUGCUGGGCUGCUUCGCACUCAUCCUCCAAAUGCUGUGAGUUACGACUACUGUUACUUAGGGCUGUGACGAUACCAGUAUUGCAAUAGUUUUUCCAUGGCAAAAAUGAAAACACAAAGCAGAAAACUCUUUGGUCCUUUAAAAACAAUAAAUAAAUAAAUGUGACUGUGGGUGACAACAUCAUGAUUUUUGUUUCCAACAUUAGGGCUGUUUUCCUAAAUAAGUGAAAUCUGCUUGGUGUUUUGUUUCCUUGCCUGAUACUAACGAGUAUCGUCCCGGCCCUGCUGUUACUGGAACACCUCCGCUUACUGCCUUACAGUGUCUAAGGGGGCUUUCACACCAAGUUUGGUUGAAGCAGGGUUUUUUCCCUACAUUUGGUAUGUUUGGACAGAAUACAAUCUGCACUCGGAUGACAACGCACUGUGGUUUGCUCAAAAAGGGUGGUCUUGGUCCAAUUCCAUUCAUACCGUGGUGCAGUUCGCUGCAGGUGAAAACACAUUCUGGACUAAACACAGGAAAAGAACCAGAGGUGUGCAGUAUUAUUGGUUGUUUGACUGCAAGCAUUUGAUUAAAUGCACGCAAUAUCAUAACUUGAUAUCUCUGAAACGUGUUGUAAGUAGCAGUGUGCAUUUAUGAGCGCAUCUGAUGCAGAGUCAUGUCUCCUCUGUUGGCUGCAUGUCACAGUUUCCUCACGCAUGUUACAAAGUGGAAGUAAUAUGAAUGUUGGGACCAAUGUUCCCUCUAAGCUGCGAGCGGGCAUGCAGCUCCCCCAGGACUGCCACACAGAAGAAGUAUCAGCCCGCGCAGAGAAGCACGAGAUUUAACUUCUCAUCUUUCCCCUUUAGUUAACACUAUCAACGUUUCCCUCUACUUUGUGAAUUGUGAUCGAAUCAACUCAAUAUUAGCCACUUUCAAUGCAACAUAUCGAAACAAAACGAACUAUGCAAGAGAUUUUCUUGUAGGCAGAGAACAUUGGAGUAGGAUUCUAUUGCAUUGACAGGCACUAAUCAGGCCCAUACUCUACACAGACCGGUGUGCCAUAACCAAUCAGAGCUGCAGUACCCUAUAUGCAAAUAGACCAUUGCCAUAUAUGGAUCUGUGCCGUUCACUUUGAACUGGACUGUGUUUACAGCAUGAGCGGUCGCGAGUAAAUGCGCUUGUUUUGAGAUCAAAGCAAGAGUUGCAUGUAGCCAGGUGUGUACAUUUGUUCAUAUUCUUUCCUAGUAAGUGAGUUAUUAGCCCAGUUCUAGUUAGCAAUGGGGGAGUGGUUGCUUCCUACAAGAGCACAAAACGUGUGCAUCUUUGAAAAGCAAGUCAGGUAUAGAGAUUUUUUUCUGUCUUAACGGGGCAUUGUUGUAUUUUGAGACAGGCUUGAAUAAGCUAAAUAGCCAAUAGGCAGAGGGUAGCAUAAUGUGUCUGAUUCUCUGUAAUAAUGGUAUGGAGAUAAUUCAUUUUAUUUUGUAAAGUGGUUUCUUGCAUCAAACAACACUACAUUUUCAGUCACCUCCUUGUCUGAAGGACAAGUGGAUAAACAGGUUGUCAAUCCCUACAUGGUUUUUUUCAAAAGCCUCAUGGAAUGAUAGAACAGCUAUUUCCAUGUUAAAAUGUUAUGGGAUGCAUUUUCUCCAUUUUCUUUUAUGGUAGGCCAUUCUGAUAGGCCUACAUUAUGAUCAUAUAGCCACAGUAGCCUACUUGACCACUGUUAUAACUGUAACUUAAAGCGGGUACAGCCUCAGUCUUAACAGUAAACGCUCGCCAGAAGUUGCACUGAAUUUUCACAAUGUUCAAGUUUGCGCUCAGCAGACUUGAAAUUUGCUCAGUGCCUAAUUGUUUUUGAGGGAACAUUGGUUGGGACACACAAGUGAUGCUCCAUGAUGAUCAUAGAUGGCUUUAACGUGAGCAUUUUUGUCCAAUAAACCAAUGACUUGCAUGAAUGGUUUUGUAUAUGCAUUUUAGUUCGUUUGACAUUUGGCAAUGUGAAACAAUCGGGACCAAAUGGAAAAAGUACAAUGUAACAAAUAAUCAAACUCUGAUUCGAACUAUACCAAACCAAGUUUUUUUUGCCUGUCAGUGUGCCUGAAUUUUAUAGAACAUUUUAGUGGUCCUCAUCUUGGCGGGGUAGACACAUUUCUGCAUUUUUAAGCCAUUUUCCUGCAAUCCUACACAUUUCUCCACGGAGCUGAGACAUUUUUGCUGAUUUCCUGCAACUCUAUGUACAGUGCCUUCAGAAAGUAUUCAUACCCCUUGACUUUUUCCACAUUUUGUUAUAUUACAGCCUGAAUUCAAAAUGGAUUAAAUAUAUAUAUUAGUUCUCACCCAUCUACACACAAUAUCCCAUUAUGACAAAGUGAAAACAUGUUUUUAGACAUUUUUGCUAAAUGUAUUGAAAAUGAAAUACAGAAAUAUGUCAGUUACAUAAGUAUUCAAACUCCUGAGUCAAAACCUUGUAGAAGCACCUCUGCCAGCGAUUUCAGCUGUGAGUCUUUCUGGGUAAUUCUCUAAGAGAUUUCCACACAUGGAUUGUGCAACAUUUGCCCAUUAUUCAUUUCAAAAUUCUUCAAGCUCUGUCAAAUUGGUUUUUGAUAAUAAUAAUAAUAAUAAUAAUAAUAAUAAUAAUAUGCCAUUUAGCAGACGCUUUUAUCCAAAGCGACUUACAGUCAUGCGUGCAUACAUUUUUGUGUAUGGGUGGUCCCGGGGUUCGAACCCACUACCUUGGCGUUACAAGCGCCGUGCUCUACCAGCUGAGCUACAGAGGACCAUGAUCAUUGAUCAUUGCUAGACAACCAUUUUCAGGUCUUGCUGUAGAUUUAAAGUAGAUUUAGUAGUCCUUAACGAUUACAAGAAUACCCAUAGCAUGAUGCAGCCACCACAAUGCUUGGAAAAUAUGGUAAGUGGUAGUAAUGCGUUUUAUUGGAUUUGCCACAAAUAUAACACUUUGUAUUUAGGACAAGAAGUGAAUUUCUUUGCCACAUUUUUUGCAGUAUUACUUUAGUGCCUUGUUGCAAACAGGAUGCAUGUUUUGGAAUAUUUUUCUGUACAGGCAAUUAGGUUAGUAUUGCGGAGUAACUACAAUGUUGUUGAUCCAUCCUCAGUUUUCUCCUAUCACAGCCAUUAAACUCUGUAACUGUUUUAAAGUCACCAUUGGCGUCUCUGGCAACUGAGUUAUGAAUGGCACCUGUAUCUUUGUAGUGACUGGGUGUAUUGAUACACCAUCCAAAGUGUAAUGAAUAACUUCACCAUGCUCAAAGGGAUAUUCAAUGUAUUUUUUUAAUUAAAUAUUUUACCGAUCUACCAACAGGUGCCCUUCUUUGCGAGGCAUUGGAAAACCUCCCUGGUCUUUGUGGUUUAAUCUGUGUUUGAAAUUCACUGCUCGACUGAGGGACCUUACAGAUAAUUGUAUGUGUGGGGUACAGAGAUGAGGUAGUCAAUCAAAAAUCAUGUUAAACACUAUUAUUGCACACAUAGUUAAUCCAUGCAAUUUAGUAUGUGACUUGUUAAGUACAUUUCUACUCCUGAACUUAUUUAGGCUUGGCAUAACAAAGUGGUUGAAUACUUAUUGAUUCAAGACAGUUCAGCUUUUCAUAUUUAAUGAAUUUGUAAAAAGUUUGAAAAACCUAAUUCCACUUUGACUUUAUGGGGUAUUGUGUGUAUGCCAGUGACAAUUAAUCUAAAUUUAAUCAAUUUUAAAUUCAGGCUCUAACACAACAACAUUUUGAAAAAGUAGAGGGUUGUGAAUACUUUCUGAAGGCACUGUAUUUUUCUAUGGCUAAUACUGUGUUCUUUUGCUCAGACAUAAUAACAAAAUCAAUACUGCUAAAUUAAUUGUUUUUGGAAUGUUAUAUUCUCCCUGACUGUCUAGCUUUCAUUUCGGUGAUUGUUAGUUCUCAAAGAUUAUAUUAUUACAAAAUACACUGAGCGUCAAUUCAUCAGGACAUGGACUCUACAAGGUGUCGAAAGCAUUACACAGGGAUGCUGGUAUGAAUUUGUGCGUCUAACUUUCUCACUCAUCAUUAAACACAAUACAUUCAGGAUUAUCUGUCAUCAUGGUAGCAUCCACAUUCAUGUAGAAGGGUUUAGAAGCAUGUUCUAUUCUUAUUUACAAAAAAGGUGACGCCAAAACGACAAUACAUUAUUUACCGUUCAUUCCUAUUGGGCACAAAAUAAUCUGAAACACAACCAAAUGCAUCCAACCAAUUUGUAGAAUAACAAGCUUGACAUAGUCAUUGCUAUGAAUAUGGGACCAAAUACUUAACGUUUUACUGCUUUAAUACACAUUACAUUUUAGCAGACGCUCUGGACUUACAGUUAGUGAGUGCAUACAUUAUUUUUUUUUUUUUUUCAUACUGGCCCCCCGUGGGAAUCGAACCCACAACCCUGGCGUUGCAAACGCCAUGCUCUACCAACUGAGCUACAUCCCUGCCGGCCAUUCCCUCCCCUACCCUGGACGACGCUGGGCCAAUUGUGCGCCGCUCCAUAGGUCUCCCGGUCGCGGCUGGCUACGACAGAGCCUGGAUUCGAACCAGGAUCUCUAGUGGCACAGUUAACACUGCGAUGCAGUGCCUUAGACCACUGCGCCACUCGGUUUAGAAUAACAAGCUUGACAUAGUCAUUGCGUGCUAUGAAUAUGGGACCAAAUACUUAACGUUUUACUGCUUUAAUACACACAGUGAAUUUGUCCCAAUACUUUUGCUCCCCUAAAAUGGGGGGACUAUGUACAAAAAGUGUUGUAAUUCCUAAACAGUUCACCCGAUAUGGAUGAAAAUACACUCAAAGUUAAAACUGACAGUUUGCACUUUAACCUCAUAGUAAUUGUUUGAUUUCAAAUCCAAAGUUUUGAAGUAUAGAGCCAAAAAAAUAGGAAACGCUUCCCUGUCCCAAUAAUUACAGAGGGCACUGUAUAUAUUUUUUAUUUAUAUUUUCCACUGUUUUGGACUUAUGUGGCCUGAAAAAACCCAAAAAGGCCCCCGUCCAAGGAUUUCAAUGGCAGAAAAAUCCCUGCAAACUUUUGUGGAAACGCCCUAAGUGUAAACAAGGAUUAAUGUGUGGUGCUAUCUGUGUGGGCUGUGCUGAGCAGCUGGACACAGCUGCUGCCUCUGUCCUACUGGGGAAUAAUUCAAAAGGAGGGAGUGCUGCUUAGUGUGUCUCUCUGAAUGGAUGGAUGACAUGGGUGUGACGCUGUGGAGCAAGAUGUUAUAUUAUGUGUGUGGGAAUAGGGGGAAUGAACUAAAUAUUGUGUCUGUCUGUAACAAUGACACUAUUACUUAACAGACAGGAAUCGGAUCCUCUCCUCGUAACGUUGAAUUAAUGGUUGUUUGGCGUCAUAGGACUAUGCUCAGGUUACCUCUUGUGAUUCCCUGUGUGACCAGCCCUCUGCUCUCAUUCUGUAUACCCCUUUCUGUUGUGUACCUCUUUCUAUCAUUCACUUUCUCUUUCUCUCUCCAACCAUUCAGGUCUGACUACGAUGACUGGAGACCAGCCCUGGCUAGCCUGCUGCAGCCCAUCCCCUUCCCCAAAGAGUAAGUAUACUGCGCUUAAAUAUUAAAGCAUUAGACCUCUCACUAAAAGCUUCAGUCAUACAAAAGCUAUACUUAAAUCCAAACUGGUUCUCUAGCAGGUUAGUAAGAAUGGCUCACCCCGUGUUCAAGAAUGGCCUUUUUCCCUUUAUACAACCUCUCACUUUCAGUUAUUUGAAAAUGAAAUAAUCUCCAAACUAUCACUAUUUUUACAACAAGCCAUAGAAAGUUGGUUGCAAUUUCAGUUUAACCAGAAAGAUAACAAAUAUUAUGGUUAAACUCAAAUAUACUAAUUAAUUGUUUUUUUUAAAAGGAAGAAAUGUUUAAAUACGGUUUAAUCUUUGGAAAUGUGAUCAUAAAUAGGACUGGUGGAGUUAUAUAACGCAUGCAGCUAGCAAAAUAAUAUGGAAACGUCUGCUCUAUCCAAAAUUACAACCAACUGAUUGCAGCAUUACUGCAAAAAUGGAAGAGGCAAGUGGAAGGGGAGAAAGUAAGGAACUUGUCUGUCGGCCCUGCAUUAAAGACCAAAAUUGGUUAAAGACAAUUGUGAUAAAUAAACAAGUAUACCAGUUUCAUUUAAGGACCAAAAAACGACAGCUGUGCCAUACAGAUUGCAAAAUAGUUGAGAAGAGAUUUGCAAUGUACCGACUCCACAUGGUUUAUGAACUGAUACCCAAAACGACACCGGAUUCAAUAUCACAUUCCAAAAUCUUGGGCAUUAAUAUGGAGUUGGUUCCCCUUUUUGCUGCUAUAACAGCCUCCACUCUUCUGGGAAGGCUUUCCACUAGAUGUUGGAACAUUGCUGCGGGGACUUGCUUCCAUUCAGACACAAGCAUUAGUGAGGUUGGGUACUGAUGUUGGGUGAUUAGGCCUGGCUCGCAGUCAGCGUUGCAAUUAAUCCCAAAGGUGUUUGAUGGGGUUGAGCUCAUUUCAUGCAAGGAAUGUUUGGGAAGUUGAUGCUCAUUUACUGCAUUUCUACACAAUUUAAAAACAAAAAAUGCCUUUUGGAGAACAGUAAACACAAACAAAAAUAUCCCCAGCCAUUCAUUUAAAACUGCAAUAUUUGGUUUAAAGGUCUGUGGAACGGCAUAUACAGUGUCAACUACUUAACCUCAUCAUAAAUUAACACAUUACUUGUGGAACGGCGCAUACAGUGCAACGUGAAAUCGAAGCAUAAUAAACGCUAUCAAGUCACUACAAGGCCAACUUCAGAUGCUGCCAUCAAUAUGGAUGGUCCUCUGUAGCUCAGCUGGUAGAGCACGGCGCUUGUAACGCUAAGGUAGUGGGUUCGAUCCCCGGGACCACCCAUACACAAAAAAAAAUAAUGUAUGCACGCAUGACUGUAAGUCGCUUUGGAUAAAAGCGUCUGCUAAAUGGCAUAUUAUUAUAUUAUUAAUAGGCGGCGCGUGAGUUUCAAGUUUGGGGAAGCUAUAAAAUGUGCACCUUUUAUAAUAAAGGAUUACAUGCAUCUAUCAUCGCAUUUGCAGACUAAUGUAAGAUAGGCAGGCUACUAUUCCUAAUGUGAUGAGUAGAUUGCAUUGACAUAAUUUAGGCUAAUAAUAUAACUCAAUAUUAGCAAAACAGACAGUUCUGAAGAACAAUGCAUGCCUGAGUGCGAAGUGACAUAGAGUAGGCCUAAUCAGAGAUGUUUUCUUCUCCUUUCUUUGAACGGGACAAAUGUGGCCUUUUUAUAAACACAUUUCAUGUAAUUCUACUACACUUUAAAUGACUGGAGACAAUAAGCAACAUAUUUUUUAAUACGACACAAAUUAGUAGCCUACUCUGCUGACACUGACAAACAGAUCAGUAAAAACGACCUCGUCUUGAAUUGAACCAUCUAAUCUAGGCCUACGAAAAGGGGAGACACAAAUUAUAUAAUUUGACGUCCAUCUACCCUGGAGGAGGAAAUUAUUGUCCCCCCAAUUUUUUUUUUUACAGUGAUACUGAUACAAUGAUAGACAGUUUGUGUGCACUCACCGGGAAUAUCGAUAUGGCCGAUGCUCUCCGCUGGUUCCAAUAAGAUAGGCUACUGUUCGCUUAAUUGGGAGUGGAGAAUUUUGAUAACUAGAGACAGAUUAGUAUUUUUGUCUUCACUUUUCAGCAAUAGCCAUUUGCUUUCUAAACGGUUUUUCCUACGAUUUUAUUUUGAAAUAUUGUGAUAGGCCUAUUUAACUGCUUUCCAUUGACCGCUGCAACUCAGCAAUCAGCUAUUUGGUAGGCUAUUUGGUAGGCUAUUUGGUAGGCUAUUUGCUGUGCGCUGCCCAAAUUAUGCACUUAAAAAUAAUCCACAGCUCAUUUUUAAAACAUGCUAAUGAUCUUCUGUGGCCAAAUCAUGCUCUCUGGUGUAGUGUGUAUAUAUACAUUUCUGUAUAGGCACAAGUAAUUAUAUAUCCAAUUUUAUUUACUUUAAGGGAAGCUUAUCUUUCCCUAGCCUAUUGGACACGCCGCCUAUGCCGACAUCAAUGUGAAAGUAACCAGUGAAUAAAACAGCUGGCCGUGAGGCUUACAAGGCCUAGUUCAAAUGCCAACAUUAAAUUCAAAGCAAUCGGCUCACUGCCUUACCGGCAGACCGGCAAAGCAAAACUGUCUGGCAGUCUCUGCUCUCUACUUUCUUAAAGUGAGAGAAAAGCAUGCAGGCUGGCAGCUUCUCUGAGCGACGCUCCGCAUGGUCCUAAAGGCAUCAAACCGAUAUGCUAAACUGCUAUUGCAUUUUAAUCGUGAUUGGAAUGAUUUUAGUCAAAUUUUUUAUAGCCUACUUUUACAUUUUUGGUCCUGAAUUGUACAACAAAGCUUAUUUAUAUAUUUUAUAUAUUUUAUAAUUAUAUACAGUAUAUAUUGUGAAUCGCCCAUAUGUUCACCCUCACCCUCGGCUGGGACCGUGGGUGAGGGCCUCUCUCAGAGGUGUAGGAUCCUGGGAGUGGUGUUGACGUGGGUGCGCUGCUGAGGGGCCCUGCUGGGGGAUGGGGUGGGCUCCGGGGUUGCUGCUGUAAUUGGCACCUCAGCCCGGGCCCUCAUUACCAGUCACCUAAAGAGGGCUGUUGUUGUCACAGCCGGGAGAUCCACCUGCUGCUCACCUGCGCACCAGAGUCUAAUCUAAACGUUCAGGCGUCAUUAGAAAGGGCAAAAACACUCCGACACAACUCCCAGAAUGAAUGAGUCAGACAGCAAACACCCACACACACCCUCAGAGCUUCACAUGUACAUGUAUUUGUGUGUUUUUCAGAUACGUUCAAACCAACAAAAAAACAGGCUGUAUUUCCUUUGCAAUCCAGCUGCUAUCUGUUCAACACCUUACUGCAUGUUUGAGUGUAAACAUGGUAGAAGUAUUUAAAUUGGUUAUUUUCCAUUUUAUCAUAAUGAGUGUAUUACAUGUUUUAAUGUUUAUUCUUACCUCUCGCGCCUCUUUAGGGCCCUUGCACAUGCCAAAUUCACAAAGUAAGUAUCUACAGCCAUGACGUUUAGUUAAUGAAUGUUACAUUUCAGUUACCAUCCAGAUGAAUCUGUAAGGAAAGCUUGAGGAUUGUGCCUGACCUGUCUGUUUUGUUUGAACAGAGAGCUGAAAUAUGUUAUUCAGAGGUUUGCAGAAGACCCCAGACAGGAGGUGAGUGUGGCUCUGACUAUUCAUCACUGUUUCACCCUAGUUCAGUGCUAGGUUGGUUUGUGUAGUACUCAUGGUUGUGUGCUUGUUGCAGGUCCACUCCUGUCUGCUCAGUGUGCGCUCGGGAAAGGAUGGUUGGUUCCAGCUCUACAGUCCAGGGGGUGUGGCCUGUGAUGAUGAUGGGGAGCUCUUUGCCAGCAUGGUGAGUGAUUGGUUUUCUUACCCUAAUAAUCCUAACCCUCAUACCACCUUCUGUUCUAAUUGGCUGGACUUGACCUUUGACUCUCUCCUCCAGGUCCACAUCCUUAUGGGUUCCUGCUACAAAACUAAGAAGUUCCUUCUGUCCCUGGCUGAAAACAAGCUCGGACCCUGCAUGCUCCUGGCUCUGCGUGGGAACCAGACCAUGGUUGAGGUGUGUGUGCACCCGUAGCACAGAGCUGACCUGUUUUUAUUAGUGUGUUUGUGUGUGGCAGAGAGGUGUAAGUGUACAGGAAGCAGAAGUGACCCAAGUGUGUGUGUUUCAGAUCCUGUGCCUGAUGCUGGAGUACAACAUCAUCGAGAACAAGGACACCCAGCUGCAGAUCAUCUCCACCCUGGAAAGCACUCCGGUGGGCCUUCACAUGUACGAGCAGCUGUGUGACAGGCAGAGGGAGCUCAAAGAGCUGGUGAGUUACUACUGUUAACCAACAAAGGCACAAACACCACACGCUCAACCUUACACUGCGUUCACAAUUAUACUGCAAUGUCUCUGCAAAAUACACUAGAUAUCUGGGUUAUCAGCUGUAGUAUCUGCUCAGUUAAAACUGUUACUACUCUACACUGUCGACACAACUAGAGUUAUCUAUUCAUUCUUCUGUGUUACCUAAUCUUUCUCUGUUGUUACUUCAUGCAAAUGUAACCCUUUAUCUAAUUAAGAGACCUCAUAGAUUUCAUCGGUGGCACAUUGUUCACAGAUACCACCUGCUGUCUGAAUGAGGAACUGCAAUGCCUGCUGUAAUCAGUCAACAUUUUUGUUUCCCUUUCUCCCUCAGCAAAGAAAAGGAGGCCCCACCCGACUCACUCUGCCCUCCAAGUCUACGGUGAGAUUGGCUUUUAUUAUGCUACUCCAAUUCCCAUAAAGGUCCUUUGUUUUUCUUUCAUACGAACAUAUGAUUUAAAAAAAUCUCAACAAAAUGUUCACAUUUGGUAGGAUCUUUUUUCUUUUUUUCUCCAUGUCUCUCCCUGACCCUCCAUCUCAAUUAAACUCAAACAGCUUAAUGAUGUCUCUUGCUGCCUCUGUACCCGACCAUGUCGCUCUGUCUCUCUGUAGGAUGCAGACCUUGCCAGGCUGCUGAGCUCUGGCUCCUUUGGGAACCUGGAGAACCUGAGUCUUGCCUUCACCAACGUCACCAGUGCCUGUGCUGAACAGCUCAUCAAGCUGCCCUCUCUCAAACAGCUCAACCUGUGGUCCACCCAGGUCAGAACACACACUCACACACGCAAGAACUCACACACACGUACACUGAACAAAAAUGUAAACUCAACAUGCAACAAUUUCAAAGAUUUUACUGAGUUACAAUUCAUAUAAGGAAAUCAGUCAAUUGAAAUAAAAACAUUAGGUCCUAAUCUAUGGAUUUCACAUGACUGGGAAUACAGAUAUGCAUCUGUUGGUCACAGACACCUUAAUAAAAAAAAGAGUAGGGGCGUGGAUCAGAAAAUCAGUCAGUCAGUAUCUGGUGUGACCAUUUGACUUAUACAGUGCGACACAUCUCCUUCGCAUAGGGUUGAUCAGGCUGUUGAUUGUGGCCUGUAGAAUAUUGUCCCACUUUUCCAGCAUGCCUGUGGCCAUCGAAUGUGAGUAUUUGCCCACUGAAGUCCCACGGGGGGCCAGUAUGAAACAUUUAUGCACUCACUAAUUGUAAGUCGCUCUGGAUAAGAGCGUCUGCUAAAUCACUAAAAUGUCAACAACAACAAAAAUCGGUUACAAUGCCGAACUGCAGUCAGUGAGGAUGACGAGCACGCAGAUGAUCUUCCCUGAGAUGGUUUCUGACAGUUUGUGCAGACAUUUUUCGGUUGUGCAAACCCAGUUUUAUCAGCUGUCAGGAUGGCUAGUCUCAGACGAGGUCUUGGGCUGGCGUGGUUACACGUGGUCUGCGGUUGUGAGGCUGGUUGGACGUGCUGCUAAAUUCUCGAAAACGAUGUGGCUUAUGGUAGAGAAAUGAACAUUACGUUCUUUGGAAAAAGCUCUGGUGGACAUUCCUGCAGUCAGCAUGCUAAUUGCACGCUCCCUCAAAACUUGAGACAUCUGUGGCAUUGUAUGUGUAAGUAUAACGGUGUGAAAACUGCACAUUUUAGAGUGGCCUUUUAUUGUCCCCAGCACAAGGUGCACCUGUGUAAUGAUUAUGCUGUUUAAUCAGCUUCUUGAUAUGCCACACCUGUCAGGUGGAUGGAUUAACUUGGCAAAGGAGAAAUGCUCACUAACAGGGAUGUCAUUCUUUUUUAAUAAGCUUUUUGUGCAUAUGGAACAUUUCUGGGAUCUUUUAUUUCAGCUCAUGAAACCAACACUUUACAUGUUGCGUUUAUAUUUAUGUUCAGUUUAUAUUUUAGUCAUUUAGCAGACGCUCUUAUCCAGAGCAAUUAGGGUUAUGUGCCUUGCUCAAGGACACAUCGACAGAUUUUUCACCUUGUCUGCUCAGGGAUUCAAACCAGUGACCUUUCAGUUACUGGCCCAAUGCUCUAACCACUAGGCUACCUGCCACCCUACGCACACACUUGUUUUUAUUUGAAUAAGUAAUACUCUGCAUGACUUUGAAAGACAUCCUUUCUUCCUGUUAUUGUCUUUCCUUCAGUUUGGAGAUGCAGGACUGCGGUUGCUGUCUGAACAUUUGGCGUGUUUGCAGGUGUUGAAUCUGUGUGAGACACCCGUGACCGAUGCUGGCCUGCUGUCCCUCAGCUGUAAGAACUCAUCUCAAUCAUUUUACUAUAUGCUACUCACAUACCGUAUACAUUUACAUUUUAGUCAUUUAGCAGACGCUCUUAUCCAGAGCGACUUACAGUUAGAGAGUGCAUACAUUUUCAUACUGGCCCCCCGUGGGAAUCGAACCCACAACCCUGGCGUUGCAAGCGUCAUGCUCUACCAACUGAGCUACACAGGGCUCAAUUCUGACCUGCCACACAACGUCAUGCAUUCAGUAUAGAACAGGCUUCCCACACAAUCUCCUAGCUCUAUCUAUAUACACUGAGUGUACAAAACAUUAGGAACACCUACUCUUCACAUGACAUAAACUGACCAGGUGAAAGCUAUGAUCCCUUAUUGAUGUCAACUGUUAAAUCCACUUCAGUGUAGAUGAAGGGGAGGAGACAGGUUAAUGAAGGAUUUUUUAGCCUUGAGACAAUUGAGAAUGUGUGCCAUUCAGAGGGUGAAUGGGCAAGACAAAAGAUUGAAGUGCCUUUGAACGGGGUAUGGUAGUAGGUACCAGGCACCGCUUUUUGUCAAGAACUGUAACACUGCUGGGUUUUUCACGCUCAGCAGUUUCCCGUGUGUAUCAAGAAUGGUCCACCACCCACAGGACAUCCACCCAACUUGACACAACUGUGGGAAGCAUUGGAGUCAACAUGGAACAGUAUCCCUGUGGAACACUUUCUACACCUUGUAGAGUCCAUGCCCCAACGAAUUGAGGCUGUUCUGAGGGCAAAAGGGGGGUGCAACUCAAUAUUAGGAAGCUGCUCCUAAUGUUUUGUACACUCAGUGUAUAUUCAUGUAUGUACAGUGACAUAUUUAUGCGUGUCUCUUCCAGCCAUGAAGAGCCUGUGUAGUUUGAACAUGAACAGCACCAAGCUCACAGCAGACACAUACGAUGACUUAAAGGUAAGAUUAACCUUCAUACCCUCUCUGUUGACAAGAACAUGUUAGUAUAUCAACAAAUAUCACAUUUGUUUUGGUCUCUUAUCUUCUCUCUCUCCCUGUCAGGCCAAACUCCCCAAUCUGAAGGAGGUGGACGUCCGCUACACCGAGGCC